AUGGGACGAUUUUCAUCAGCGACAUCGCACACCAAGCUUUCGACCUACCAACCGGCCACCCAGGACCCCAUGGCGUUCCGGGACCAAGACCCGUUCAACAUGCUAGAGUUUGACCCUACUGCAUUCGACCCUACAGCGCUCGACCUCACUCAAGCCGAGUUCCCUUCAACAAAUCAUGCAGCCGAUGAUCAGGAUUUCGCGUUUGAUCAGCCAUUCUCCGGCGCCAUGCAGCACGGUUUCGAUGGAACCCUACCGUUCUUCGACCCGACCCUGAGCCUAGACGCGUUCAGCGCCAUUCAGAACCAGCUGCCAUGGCCUGACAACACGAUGCUGGACAUGAGUUCGCAGUCGGCUACACCAGGAUCGCUGCGGACAGACAGCCGACCGGAAACACCAGGUCUUCCAGCUGCCCAUGCAUCCUCCUCCUCAGCUCUGCCACCAAAGGUGGGCACGCGGUUCUCACGAGAGUCUCUCAAGAUUCUACGCAACUGGCUCAGCACUCACUCACGACACCCUUUCCCGACUGAUGAGGAGCGCGACAUCCUGGAACGACAGACAGGCUUGAACAAAACGCAGAUUCUCAACUGGCUUGCAAAUGCACGGCGUAGGGGCAAAGUACCCGAGUACAAGACCGCAUCGCCACGCACCGAGAGCCCAGGUGGCAAAGAGAUUCCUAACAGGAGGAGGGCUGGCACGCCGGCGCCAACAUCAAGAACACCGUUCAUGAAUCCACUGGAGAGGUGGAGUUGUGUCUUCUGUGGCGAGUUGGACCCGGGCAUCGAGCACAUGCAGAAUCAUAAUUACACCAUCUGCCAAGGCCGACCCCUUGACGAACGCACCUUUCACCGGAAAGACCACUUGGGUCAGCAUUUGCGGCUUGUGCACAACCUGAAACCGGCGCAGCUUGUCCGGCAGUUAAGCGAGUGGAAGAUGGAGAGCCCCGACGUGAGAUCGACAUGUGGCUUCUGUGGUCUGGAAAUGACCACGUUUGCGGCGAGGGCGGACCACCUGGCUGAACACUUCAAGAUGGGCACCACCAUGGCUAACUGGAAGGGCGACUGGGGCCUAGAUCCGCACAUCCUCUCCAGGCUGGAGAACGCAAUGGCACCCUACCUCAUUGCUCUCGAGAGAAACUCGCCCUAUCCCUUCAGCGCCUGUAAUGCGCCACUCGAAUCUCCAAUCAAUGCGUACGAGCUGAUUAAGCUUGAGCUGAUGAAUUUCAUCGACAUUUGCUACGACAAAACGGGCAGGAUCCCCAGCCCAGCAGAGUUACAAUCCGACGCGUGUCGCAUCAUCUUCGCAGCAGAGGUGCCCUCAUACCAUGGCGACGAAUGCUCCUCGUGGCUGCGGGAUCUGAUUCUUUCGGCCGACGACAUUGUCCAAAAGGCAAAGCUCAGUCCCCUGCGCUCCGCCAAGGAGAGCCGCUUAACAUUCCUCCACAUCAUCGGCAAAAAGAGCCCCUUUGAAUCUUGUCCUCUAGAGGCCCAGCUACUAGACUUCGUGCAGUCUCAGCCUCCUGAAUCUCUCACAGAGUCUCGAGUGCACCGACAGGCCGUUGAUAUUCUUCGAAAAAUGGAGAGCGCCUCUUCAUCACCGUCAGACAUUGCCACCACGUGGCUCCUGGAGCUGGCACGGUCGUCCAAGAGUUGGCUGAAGCGCUUCCAACUCCGGGCGGGGGUGAAUCUGUCCGAGACGGCGCAGUUUGAAGUAACGCCCACUCCUAUCGAUCAGGUCUUGCAAAACUACGAACAGCUGGAAAGCAAAUUGGCUGAGAGGGUGGAGUUGCUCCGACAGCACGGGAUCGAGCCCGACGACACAGCACUGCGGCAGCAGGCCCUCAAGAUCAUUGAUGAAUUUGACAAUGCGGAAUGGAGAACACUAGCGGCAAGCAAUCACGGGUGGCUUGCACGAUUCAAGAGGCGACAUCUGCCUUGGGCGGAUUCAUAUGGCUUCUAUGCAAGGAUCUCCGGGACGGCCAACCAAGUAUCCUCGCACAACGACCAGACAAUGUCCGACGGCAACAAGAGCCCGCACAGGCCUGGCCUCAUCAAGAUGAAGAUAGGCGAGUACUACUUGAACGAUCCCAACUUUGACAAGUGGGUGGCCCGGGAGCUGGCGAGGUGGGUAGCCGCGACCAUGUCGCCCAACAACCCGAAUCAGCAUGUCCCCACGGACGAGGAGCUGAAGCACCAAGCAAGGUGGAUCAUGUACGAAGACUUCAACACGACCAUGGCGGAUAGUGACGAAUGGCUACAACGCUUUAAGCGUGAUGCCAAGAUCCUCCACGACCAAGGACCGGGCCUUCUAACAGAGCUUCAGAACGUCUGA